UCCUCUGUGAGGGGCUGGGGCGGGCCGGGCCUGGGAAUAGGCAUCGCCCGGGGGCAGACCCCUUGCCCUGGUUGGCUGCGGGCGGCUCCGGUUGUAUCCGGGCGGCACAGGGAGCAGGCGGGGCGGCGGAGACCGAGACGGGGACGGAGGCUGAGUUUUCGGCUUGUAAGGAUAGGGUUUUCAAAGGCUGAAGAGCAAAACCUGGUAUCUCUACUUCUGCACUGCGCACAGCUGAGCAAUGGCAUCCGGCAGAUCCAGUGUAUUAAACAAAUUGUGCCAUUGGUGAAAAAGAUGGAUCAAAACUCUGCUUGUGAUCCCAUGGUUAAAGCUUGUUUUGAUAUUUUGGGCGAGACAUACUUUUCACUGGGUGCAAAGGAUCCCUUGAGAAAAGUGUUAGCGAGAAAGAAUCAUGGAAAUUGUAUUGUUCAGACUCAGUUGAUGCACAACUUACAGAUAAUCAUUAAAGUUUCAAUGACGCUUGUACUGAAGUUACAAGAAAAUAUCCAGGGAAGUCUUUGGAAACACCCAACUCUCUCGCAAACCGCUUGGACUACUGCAGGACUGGCCGUUACUCUCUUUACUAAAGCUCUUGCAGUAAUGGAGGAGGUCUUGGAGCAUUAAUGGCAUGCCUAAGAACAGCCAGGGCUCAUGGACACCUGGAACUUUCAAAUACCAUGAGCAAUGAUUUCAUGUCCACUGAAUGUAUAAAACAGGUAUAGUUCUAGUUCAUCAGCACAAUCAGGUAAAGGGGCAAUGUUGAGAUUUUUUGUGUCUUUAAAUUAGAAGAAUUGCAUUGAUCCUAAAUACUGUGUCAGCAUUGUUUUAAAACAAAGGUAUCAUCAUAGGUGCCUGUAACUCUUUUGUGGUUAAUAUCUAAAUAUUUUUCAGAUUUGCAUUGAUGCUUUAGGUUUACUGUGUGAAACCCAUUGUAGCGCAGAAAUUGUGUCUGUGGAAAAAAUUCAACUGUUUUCAUGAUGUACAACUUGAACAGCCAGUCUCCUUCAGUAAAGCAACAGAUUGUUUCUAGUUCGAAAUUACCUUUCUUGGUAAAGAAAC